ACGAAACAAGGCUACUUUGUUGCACAGUAGUCACUCUCUGGUACCGCUUUUAGGAAGGGGCCACUCUCGGAAUGGCAAGACUGGCCUGCACGGAGGAAUUUUAUUAGAAUAGAUUCUAGCUGGUGCAACGUCUGUGUACAGGGCAGUGGUUAAGUAGAGCAGGCCUGGACAAUUUUUUUCAAAAAUAUUGCUACUACCUGUUAUGUCAUAAGAAACAUAUUUUUAUUGCAAACCUUUUUACAUUUUUUUUUUUUUUUUUUUUCGCAUCCAUCGUAACUUGUGGUGGGCACCCUUUCUCUCGUCGAAAUUUAAAAUGUAGACCCUUGCUUCAGGGCACAGAAUGAGCUAUCACUUCUAGGGGCUUCCUCAGCUGGUCCCAGCUUUGUUUAUUUGUGGUUUUGCUGCGAGAGGGGAGGUGGGAAAACUGCCUUCUGCGCCUUGGUAGCUCACUUGCGUGUCACCUGUCCCCGGAGCAGCUCUGAGUUGGAAUGGGAAUAGGCCUGUGGGUAUCCACAGAAAAAUAGCAGCCAGGUAAUGGGGGGAAGAGGGUCCUUGGUGCACGGUCCUGCUUCUGCUACCAAUGUGCAUUGGAUAUCCUGCCCAACCCUGUAUUCCAAGCACCGUUAAAUUAAAGCAGUUGUGUUCCCUGUAGCCUGAUGGGAUCAGCAAGGGCACCAUCUAGGCCUUAAGACGUAAAUUGUAUUUGAGAAUAAAUCUAAAUUUAAGACAAAGCAUGGCCUAUUUUAUAGUAAGGAUUAUGUGAUGCGAUGGCUGCAGUGGCGGAAGAUGACUGGAUGAGAAGUGACCUGCUGAGCCAAGUCUUCUGAAUGUAUUAACUCACGUUGCUUAAGCUUCCCUGAAUUAAUUUGGAUUCAAAGAUCCUGCCUUUUCCAUUUUAAAUGCAAGAGAAAGGAGGUGCUCAAUUAAAUGAAAAGGCGACGUUUGCAUAGCUAGGAAGAGGGUUUCCUUCUAGGCAAAAAGAGGUAAUGAGACACUGAAAUCUGUUUGGAAAGUCACCAAGGCCAAAAAAAAGAGUCCCGGAUAGUCCUGUCUGUCCUCUGUAAAAUGUAUGCUAAAUGUCAACAGUUUUCCAGAGGCACAUUAACAUGGAGUAAGAUGAUCUCAGCUGUGGAAUUGUACUUGGGAUGGCCAGUACUUACUUGUUUUAAACAUCACCAGCCUGUAAAAUGUUAGUCUGUUCUGUCAUGAGUUGCGUGUUAAACUUGAAAUCCUGACGCAGGGUCCUAAAUCCUGGCUAGCCAGAAGUCCUGAACUGAGAUGUAUUUGAGGGUGGAGGAGGAAAGAUUACCAUGAGCUGCCUCCUGCAGAGUUCUUAUCCCUCCCUGUGAUGCACGCAGCAGGUGGAAAAUCGCUGUUCCUGCCUGACCCCGGGCAGCGAGUCCUGUCCUCCUCCGGACCAGGGCCAGUGGUGUAACUGUGCAGGCUGACUGGGCUGAACUCUUCUCUGUUUAUGAUUUGGUGAUUGAGUCAAACUCCCAAAUUUAACAUCCCUGUUGUGGUUACAUUGACAUCCGUUUUCCUGAUGCUUGUCAGUACUUUUUCUGGUAGGAAUGAUCUGUUCCAGGAUUUCAGUUAUGAAAAUGCUUCUCUCUCUUGUUCUAAAUGCCACUUAGAUCCAUGUAGUGAGUAUUUUUAUUAAAAGUUCUUAUUAAAUAAAAGCAUGGGUUUUUUUUUUUUAAAAACCCCACAACUGUUUUAAAAAUGUAUUUUAUAUUGUAAAGUUGUUUUCAGCAUCUUUUAGUAUCUGCUGUAAUAAUUCCCAGAUUAGGAGCUCCCAGGUAGCAUUGGGAAUCUACUGGAAGUAGAAUUUGUGAAGUGGAUCCACACUGAGGUUCAGUGUCAAACACCCAGGAGCAGACCUGGAUGCGAGGCCAACUGUAAAAACAUUGGAGCUGCCGAUCCAUUUGACUGAUGUGUGGCGCAUUUGCUACAGUGAUUGUAAAUGUGAAUUGUUGAGGAUACCUAUUCCAACAAAACACCAUCAUGCCAUCCAUUAUUACAGUUCUGCUGACUGUUUCGGAUAAAAGACCUUGGGGUUUUUGGAAGAUGGUGAGCAGGAUGAUAGGAGGAGUCUGUCUCCUCCCCUGCUUGUUGUCUGAUCUGAUUUUACCGGUAGGGCCUGUCCCUGAUUCUGCCACGUGUGACAGGAAUCUCACGCGCAGCACAAGAGCUUUUGGCAUCCACAGUUUGCUCGUUUUCCCUCUGCUAAGGGUGACCCCUUCCAUGCCCGUGCUGUCCCACUGCUCCUCUGACUGCUUCACUCCCCUCUCCGUUCCCCCCUGGGGAUGCUCAUGCAUUGGAUCUGCUGCACGGGUUUGGGCCUUGGUGCUGCAGGAGCAGAGAGGCUCCCCUGGCUGCCGAGAACAGAAAGGGGUGAAACAGGGGCACGGCACAACCAGCUGCCGUAGAGGACAAACCGAAUAUCGCAGAUACUAAAGCAGUGCGGUAGAACUGACGGCUUAUCUUUUUGAUAGAGCAAAUGGGCUGUUGUUAUUAACUACUCGGAAAACAGACUUUCUGAGAAGCAGUUAAGAGAAAUGGAAAUUGGAAACUGCAUCUGCUGCCACACCUUAACUGCUUUUAUAGGAAAUGCUGCCUUCAUAACCUAGAGAUGUGACUAUCCAAGACCUUUAGUUACCGACAGCGAUGGUGUGCAGGGGGCUGCAAUCACAGCACCAUGGUAUAUGUCACAAGGAAAACAUGCAGAAGCAAGAGAACUAAUGUAUUCAGGGGCUUUGCUGUUCUUCAGUCAUAACCAGCAAAACAGUGCUGCUGAUCUGUCCAUGCUGGUUUUGGAGUCUUUGGAGAAAUCGGAUGCAAAAGUAGCAGAUGACCUUUUAGAAAACUUGGCUAAAUUGUUUAGUUUAAUGGAUCCAAAUUCUCCCGAAAGAGUGGCUUUCGUAUCCAGAGCACUAAAAUGGUCUAGCGGGGGAUCAGGAAAACUUGGACAUCCGAAACUACACCAGUUACUAGCAAUUACCCUGUGGAAAGAGCAAAACUAUAGUGAAUCUCGGUAUCACUUCUUGCACUCCACAGAUGGCGAAGGAUGUGCAAAUAUGCUAGUAGAAUACUCCUCGUCCAGGGGAUAUCGCAGUGAGGUGGACAUGUUUGUAGCACAGGCAGUACUACAAUUUCUCUGCUUAAAAAAUAAGACCAGCGCAUCAGUUGUUUUUACGACAUACACGCAGAAACAUCCUUCAAUAGAAAAGGGUCCGCCCUUUGUUCAGCCACUGCUAAACUUCAUCUGGUUUCUGUUACUGGCAGUUGAUGGAGGAAAACUAACAGUAUUUACAGUAUUGUGCGAACAGUAUCAACCUUCACUGAAAAGAGACCCCAUGUAUAAUGAGUACCUAGAUAGAAUAGGACAGCUUUUCUUUGGUGUUCCGCCCAAGCAGACAUCGUCCUACGGAGGAUUACUAGGAAAUCUUUUAAAUAGUCUGAUGGGAACUGGAGAAGAUGAUGACACAGAAGAGGGUCAGGAAGAUAGCAGUCCUAUCGAGCUCGACUGAAUGUUGUUGUCAUUGGGUGCCGUGUAAAUCUGAUGAUUCAAUGACUCCAAAGACAGUUUUGGAAUUUGAAUCCUGCAGUGGUUUCUUGGUGCCUAAAAGGGCUCCUCUGGUCUUUUAGAAAUGGUUGCUGAAAUGUUUAUAAUGUUCGGUCUAUAUUAUUUAUGUAAAAAAAAAAAAGAAAGAAACCAACAAAAAGUAGCCAAACGAACCAAUCGGAGCAAUUGUUAGCAGGUUUCCGAUACAGCGGCUGGUGACUUUGAUUAAAACGUAAUCUUCUACGGUUUCUGAUGCAGUAUUCCCUUUUGCACAGUAAUUCAAUAAAGCAUAAAUAUGGGUCUUGUACUUCACGGCCUACCCAAUACCAUCUUUGUUACGAGAAAGCCUCUUUGACCUCUGCCACCUCCAAGGAAGAUCUCAAAGGGCAGGGUGAUCAAUUGAAUUAAUUUAUUUGCGAGGCUGGUGCCAAAUGUACUGCGAGACGAGCCAAGCAGCAUAACUUGAGAUGCACAUCCAAGAGACAUUGACACCAAGAACUUGCUUCCACGGCGGUGAGUAGCAUGCGUGCCAUUCGCACUGCCUUUCGCUCUCCCUGAGGUCUGGCUCAGGCGCGUGUUUAGCCGAUACAUCCUGAAAAGCACAAGAUUGAAUUGCUCUCGAGUAAAAGCCAAUCAGUGGAAUGUAGGUAAUUGGCUUCCAUGUGGAUCUCUCUCUUGCCUAGGUAUAAAAAUUUGGCUCGUGGGUCUACUCCUUUGGAACAGAUUCUUUUUCAGUGUAAGUAAGUUCACAACCAUAUGUAAAGGUGACGGCGUGCAGUGAAUGAAAUUAUUUGCCGCGGGCACCGUAUGCGUUUGAACUGCAGCUGUAAAGAAAAGGGAUACUGCAGAACUUUUGGUUCUUUGAUAUAUUUAUUUUUCUUGGGUGAUCGAUUGAUUCAUUUAACACUUUCUGUAAAAAAAAAAAAGAAUAAAUCAAUAAGUAAUGGAGUAACUUCACCCCCAGUGGUAGGCAUAGCCAGUCUACAUCUCCUCCUCUUUAAUGCAGCACAGUGGAUGUCAGUGGUACCGUGAACAGAUGAAAGGGUGGGGAAACGCUUUAUUUUUUCACGAUGAAAAUAAAAAGGCUUAGAUUAAUAAACAGCAAUCAUGCAUGGGGGAGGGGGGGAUUAAUACAAAUUUAUUGACUGUAUGAAAAAGGCAGUGAAAGGAAGACUUUGUGUUAAUUGUGAAGUCUCAAAUAAACACUUUAU